AUGGGCUGUGUGUUUUCCACUUUUCCGGCUGUGAACAAAGACACGCUCAUGGGGGAGCUGAGCAAGCCGAAGCUCAGCGCGGGGGUGAUGGUCCUGGAGCCGGACAGCGCCAAGUUUCAGGAGGUCAUGGCCAGCCAAGUGUCUGCCACAUCCGACUUUAUCGAGCAGGAUCUGCUGGACGCCUACUUCAACCACAGCUACAACAUCAUUCCAUUGACAUACAACCUCUACCCGGAGCUCCUGGACUUAAUGCCUUUCUUGAUCUCGGAGGACGAGGAUGCCCAGCCUCCCCUGGUCACCGGCAUCAAGGUAGUCCACUUUUGGCACCUCUUCAACCCCUUUCAGACCACGAACUACGAAGGCGCCCAAUACCUGCAGCUGAACGCCAAGCUGGUUCACCCGCAGAUGCACAGGUGGUAUGACCUCUUCUGGCGCCUGCAUCAGCGGGGCCUGCGCCGGGGGGCUGAAUUCCCUGAGGUCUUCGAGCGGUGGCAGCGAGCCUGCGAGGCCCAGACGGUGUCCUUCGGGGACGAGAGCCGCCGCUUCGUGCCGGUCUUGGGCAUGGACCUCUGCCGCCACGUGGAGGGCUUCGCGAGCCGCGAGAAAACGGCGCGCCCGCAGCCGCCGGGCGCCGGGCCUUGGGCGGUUGGAGAUCACAUGGACCCGGAAGUGUUGAAGAGGUGCCACGAGAUGGCGAUCGACACAUCCAAGAUGCUUGCGUUCCGUCCGGAGCCCAGCGAGAGAUACAGCACGUAG